AUGGCUUCAACUGGCCUUGAGCUCCUGGGCAUGACUCUGGCCGUGCUGGGAUGGCUGGGGACCCUCAUGUCCUGCGCCCUGCCACUGUGGAAGGUGACCGCUUUCAUCGGCAACAGCAUCGUGGUGGCCCAGGUGGUGUGGGAGGGCCUGUGGAUGUCCUGCGUGGUGCAGAGCACUGGCCAGAUGCAGUGCAAGGUGUACGACUCUCUUUUGGCCCUGCCCCAGGACCUGCAGGCCGCGCGUGCCCUCUGUGUGGUCGCCCUCCUGCUGGCCCUGAUCGGCCUGCUGUUGGCCAUCACGGGUGCCCAGUGCACCACGUGUGUGGAGGACGAAGGCACCAAGGCCCGCAUCGUGCUCACCGCGGGGGUCAUCCUCCUGCUCGCAGGCAUCCUGGUGCUCAUCCCCGUCUGCUGGACGGCCCAUGCCAUAAUCCAGGACUUCUACAACCCACUUGUGGCCGAGGCCCUCAAGCGGGAGCUGGGGGCCUCCCUCUACGUGGGCUGGGCAGCAGCUGCGCUGCUCAUGCUGGGCGGGGGGCUCCUCUGCUGCUCGUGCCCCCCAACAGUCGAGCGGCCCCGCGGACCUAGGCUGGGCUACUCCAUCCCCUCCCGCUCGGGAACGUCUGGGCUGGACAAGCGGGACUAUGUGUGAGGCUGAGGCUUUUGCCAGGAGCCCGCUGCUCCCCCAGCCUUGGCCUUGUACACAGAUGCUCUGUUCUGACGCUUGCCUUCUACUGUCAACCUCUCCCCCAGGGAUACGCACUUUCCAAAAGCUCAAGCCAGACCUGGCUCCAGGGCUCGUCACCGCUGGCCUGACUCUCCUCCCUGGCACCCUCACCUCACGUUCUCCCCCACCCAGACAGGGCCGAGCUGUUGGGUACCCUGGCCUGUCCCUGCCUCCCCCACAACUGCUUCCUUCUGCUGUCCAGGAUGUAGACUCCCUCUCUGGGCCCCCAAUGCCUCAGAAAUCUGGGCCUCACCCAAAAGGCAGUAGCUCCAAAGGAAGAUCAUGCCCUCCCUUCCCUGGAGUGGUCCACUGGAGCAGGCCCCGCCCAUCACCUCACCCUCCACCCCCACCUGCAAGUCGGGAAUAAAAAGAGCAUUUGUAA